AUGAUAAGAGAACUAUAAAUCAUAUUUCAACAAGCAUGUUUCAGUGCGAUCAGAUACCCGAAAUUAAUAGGAGGAAAUCUAGAUAGUACUUAAUUCAAUGUAGUAGAUUAGGACACUCAAGGAAAUACCAUAAUUGGUGGAUCAACGAGUGACAAUGAAGUCUCUCAAUUAAGUGGACAAAAGCCUUUGGUAGUAUUCAUAAGUAAUGGUGGAGAUUUUCAAUGGACAAUGAUUUUCAACAUUUUAUCUUAUUUUUCAGUCUCUGAUAUAACCUUCAGAUAUUCUUCUUCAACAAGGAUAGCACUUUCCUUCCAAACUACAGCAUCUUCUACUGAUCCAUUUAAUAUCAUGGUUUUAACUUCAACAGGCACAGUUUUCGGAUUUUAUACUUUAACAAGCUUAACAAAAUCUUUUAUUCCUGCUACUUGUUUAAAAUACAAAUCAACUGGAUUAGUGUACUUGGCAAUGCAACCUGAGGGUACUUAGUACUUUUAAAUCAUGAGGUUUGACCCUGACAGUGUUGCAAUCAAUUUCUACAAAAAAUGGCCUUAGAGUGAAACUCAAGCAAAUACUGUUGAUUAUGAUACAAGUAAUUCAUAUCACUAUUAUGGAGGAAUAUUAAAAGAUAGUGGAGGCACAUUUUAUACUUCUGUGGUAACUGUAGAAACUUCAGGAAAUGCGAAGCAAAUAUUUACUAUUAGAAAAAGCACAGCAACCUAACAAUUUUCUGUAAAAAGAAUAGAAUACUUUUAAGAUACUGCAGCCGGAACUAAAUGUCUUGCAGUUUGUGCAGAAGAUGGUCAAGAUGCAAUGAUCAUGAAGCUAAAUGUAAAUUCUGGUUAUACUCUAGACUCACCAGGCUAAUCAACAUUAAUAAAUGGUUAUACAUAAUGCAUUUAAGUUUCAGCAAAAAAUUGCAUGACUAUAAGAUAUCUAGUUGGGGCAAAUAAUGCUUAGAUUAAACUUGGAGAAGCUGAUUUUUCAUCAUCUCAAUAUCGUUAUAAAGACGUCAAUUACUACACUUCAGAUGCAAACAACUAGAUUUUCCAUAGUUGGAUGGAUUCAACAUAAGUGAUUUAUGUUGGGACCAUUAAAGCAUUUACAAAUGAAGCAGCAACAACUACAACUUUUACUCAAAAUAUUGGUUGGCUAAUGAAUUCAGAUCCAUCAUAUAGUGAAAUAACAAUUACUAAUGCAUUAUCUACUCCUUCAUCAAUGUCUACUGAAACUUUGACUUACUCUACUUUAUCAAAUAGUUUUCAAUCUAUAACAGAUACUAUCGGCAAAGUGUCUAAGUAAUUCACCAGUGCUAUCAUAUCUAUUGUUCCUCAAAUAGUUACGCCAUCAGUCAUGACUAUAAUUACUUCUACCAUAGCAGAUUAAUAGUAUGCAAUAGGAAAUGAAGCAAUGACUUUUACAAUUCCAGCUUUUACUCUUUAGUAGACCUGCUCAGAUGUAGUUUUUUAAUAUUCUAGUGAUGUUAGUGCAUUAUCAGCUUUUGUUUAAUUUUCAGCUAGCACUAGAUUUUAUACUGUUUAUACAAAUUCAAAGAGUUAUGCUGGGGUAUACGAAAUUAAAAUGAUAGGUAAAAUUAACAAUAAUUAGAGUGCUGAGCAUCAAUACAACUAUUUGCACUAUAACUUAUACUUUAACAAAAAUAAGCCCAACUUCCAGUUCAAAUUUCUACACUAUCACUAGUUCAACGAAAAUUUUAAAAAUCUAAACUAGUUUAUUAAGACAUAGUAUUUUGCCACUCAAUAAUUCAGCAUUUAAAUCAAUCACAAUUGCAAUAAUGAUAUCAUUACACCAUCUGCAAUUCUAGCUUCAUACGAUUAUUUCAUUGAAUUAGGGACUGCUCAAUAUAAAUUCACAUUAAGUUGGACUCACUUGAUGUCAUAUUGUGGAAGUAUUACAUACUCAGUUGUAAAUUAAGCUAAUGAUUAGACAGCUGACUCAAUAUUCUAUAUUUCUAGCUAUUAUUUUUACGUUUCAACUAGUAUUUCAUCAAAGAUAAAUACCUACAAUUUGAGAAUUAUUGGAGGAACAGCAUAUAAAUCAGUUCGUUAAGACUUCAUUGUUAUUAUCAAAACAGAUUGUCCUAAUGUUGUAAUUACAGCUUAAAAUAUAAUUGAUAAAACUUACUCAUUAGGUAGUUCAAGAUAAACUUUUUCUUUUAUAAAUUGGAGUUUAUCUAAGCCAGGAUGUGGGCCAAUCAGUUACACUUUGCUUAUCGAUAAUGCAGCAAAGCCAUCUUGGGUAUAAUUUGAUACUACUACUCGCACUAUUAGCUAUGAAACAAGCGAUACUUAAGCAAUAGUGGCCAACUAAAUUAUUUACCUAAAUGAGAGCCCAGUAAAAAGAUUAACAUUGCCUUCUAUAACACAAUCUUCAAGCACUAUAAGUUGUGGAUUAGUUACUCAAGAAGUUACAGAUGCUUCAAAUUAGCCUUUAGAUCCAGCUAUUUUCACUUAUCAUUAAACUAACAAUAGUAUUGCUAUAUUUACAAGUGAUAAAGCUAAUUUUAUAUCUUCGCCAUUUUCAGUAAAAGUAAUUAAUCAUCUCCAAGAUUAUCCAGCAAUAGUUUUGAUUUAAAAUUUUCUGGUAACAUUGGAAAUAGAUUGUUAGUUUGAGUAAUUGACAUCAUCUGCAGAUAUAUCACUAAACUACAUUGUUUAUGAUAAGUAGUGGUUGAACCUCUCUGACAGUAUUAAAUCUAAUCUUAGUCCUCAUUGCGGUACUAUUACCUAAUACACAUGCAAGAAUUAAAUCUCUUCCUCUGAUUGCGUAAACGAUGACUUAAUCCUUUUUAACUCAACUACAGGGAGUCUUAGAAUUUAUACAGAGAAUAAAAAUCUGAUUGGUACUCACUAAUACCUUAUUACAGGAUACCUGAAUAACAAACAAGCUAUUCAAAAAGUAAUUGUAACAGUGAUAAAAGAUUGUAGAAGUGCUGUCAUUACGAAAUCUGCUUUGCCCGCUCUUACAUAUGACAUAAGUAAUGGAACUAAUAAUUACAUAACAGAUGUUAUUUGGACAAACGACAUGAUCAAUUAAUGCCCAAUGUCUUAUCAGCUGAUUGACUAAGAUACUACUCUUACUUCUAUCCACGACUCCUAAUAAUAUUCAAUCAUUGUUACUGGGUUUGCUCAUUCAACAGUAUCCAGCUCUGAAACUUUGAGUUUAACAAUUACUAAUUUAUGUCCAUCAUCACAGAUUACUGCUUAACCCAUUUAGGAUUAGGACUACAUAACAAGUAACCCAGUAAAAAUAAUUUAAUUUGAUUCUUGGAUCUCCUCUAUAUCUUAUUGUACCUAGUUUACAUACACAGCAGCAUAUAAUGAUACUCAAUCUAUACCUAAUUUUAUUACGUUUAAUCCAAUUGCUAAGACCUUUAGUAUUCAAACUAUGUAGAUCAGCGAUAUAGGAGAGUAUUAGAUAAAGGUUAAAGGUCAAAUAGGUAAUGGUAAUUUUUAAGAAGCAAGUUUUACCCUAUCUGUGAUCCUCUCAUGCUCAUAAAACGUGAUAUCUGUAGCUAAUUUCGGUAUACCUGAUCAAGUUUAGUAUAAUAUAACACAAUCAGAAAUGGUUCUUUAAUUUAAUGAAUUUACAGAUAUGAGUAAUUUAAGUUGUGGUCCAAUGAGCUACAGUGCUUCUUAUAAUAACUAGUAGAAUUUCCCGUAUUUAGAUGUUAUUCAAUUUGACAGCAUUUUAAGAUAGUUUAAAAUUUAAACUAAAAAUCCUCAAUUAAAUAACACUCUCAUAACUAUUCAAGUUAAAGCUUUUAUUGGUGUAUCAAUCAAAAUAGUUCAAUUUUAAGUGACUCUAUUGUAUCUAUGCCACGUUGAUCAAUUAAUUCCUUUGAAAUUGAACGGAUAGAGUAGUGGUGACUAUAUGAUUGAAUUUGAUGAGUUCAUUAAAAAUGAAAACUGUUCAUAUCCAGUAAUAUAUUCUCUUCAAAUAAAAGGAUUUAAUAGUAAUGCCACUUUUAUUAAUGGAUCUGAAAUAAAUUAAAGAAAAAUAAAAGUCAACUUAGAAAAUAAAUAAGAGGCCUACAACCCUGACUAUGUUUUGGAAAUCCAAGGUAUAGUUUAAAAUAUCAAUGAUUAAGUUAAAAGUGUUCUCUCGAUUCCCCUUAAACUAAUUGCAAUAAACAACAAUCCUCCAAAAUAUGCUCUACCAUUAUAAAAUAUCAAAUUAUCUGCAGGAGAAUCCUAGGAUCUGGUUUUUCCUGGAUUAUUGGAUAUGGAUGGAGAUGAAUCUCGCAUUAUUUAGGUAAAUAUGGGAUAAGCUGCAAAAUUCAUUUCAGGAUCUUAUCCUAAUUAUAAAAUACAAACAUCUCCUAGUUCAUUUGGAACUUAUAAAAUAUCAGUUACAGUAGAAGAUAUAAACCCGAAUCCAAAAUAGUAAACUUAUUCUUUCAAUAUUUAAAUCGAAAAGAAGGUACAAUAACAAUAAUAAUAAACUUAAGAUAUUUAAGAAAAUUAAGCUUAGGAUAAUAUCUAAAAUUCGACAAGUUCGUCAAAUGAAACAGAUAAUGAGAAUUCUACUGAGACUUCGGUAAUUCUUAAUAAUCAAUAUGCUUCUGCUAAUAGCCCUUCGAGUUUUUCUUAAGCUGCUUAAAAUAAAAUAAAAGACUCUAAAAAAUCAUUUAAAACUCUAAUCGCUCUUAUUUCAAAAAUAUCAAAUGAAGGGUCUGCAACAAUCUAGUUCAGUUCAGAGAUAAUUAUUCCUAAGAAUUAUAAUUCCUUUGAUCACAAAAUACUUCUAGUUAGAAUAAAAGAUGGUGAGGGUAAAAUAAGUCAGGACUUAAAUUACACUUGGAAAAUUACAGAAUUUAAAGAAAAAAGCCUAACUCUUCAAUUAUUGUUUAAUGAACCCAAGUUAGUGUCGGCCAAGGAUCAACAUAAACUUUCUAUAGGUUUCAAAGGAAAUAACUAUUUUAGAGACAGUGCAUCAAAUCAAGCGAUUUCAUACUUGUACGAGACAAAUCGUUUGAUACCGCGAUAAAUGUUUAAGGAUGCUGCAACAAAAGCUUUAUAAGCGGUUGGUGGAUCUGUUUCAACUGGAGUAGGCUCAGUUGUUUAUGGAAUCUUUGCUGUUAAUUUAUUAUUGAAUAGUAUCUUUGAUUUUUCUUUGUAUAAUCCUAAAGAUAUUGGCCAAUUACUUUUCUCUGUAUAAUAUAAAACUACCAGUGAUUUUUUCGCAGCUAUAUUUUCAAAAUUUUUACUCGCAAUAAUGUUAAUUUUGCCAUUUGCAGUAUGGUUUAUUGCUUUUAUUUUCAGACAUAAAUUAAUGAAUCAAAACAUUAAAGAUAGGAUUGGUACUAUAUAUAACUAGAUAUGA